AUGGAAGGAGACAGUUUCCAACAGCUGCCACCAGGAAAGCAUGAACCUUCCCCAAGGCCGACUCCCAGAAGAAUCAUCCACUUUGCUGAUGGAGACAUCUUGGAAGAAUAUAGCACAGAGGAAGAAGAGGAUGAGACAGAAGAAGAGAGAAGGAAGCCAGCCCUGGACCCAUCUCAGCUUCCAUGGGGUCCCUACCUCCGAUUCUGGGCAGGGCGAGUAACAAGCGCCUCCUUUUCUACAUGUGAAUUCCUUGGUGGAAGAAUCGCUGUCUUCUUGGGCCUCGAUCAACCCAAAUAUCAGUUUGUGUUGGAUGAGUACCAUAAAAACCAGGAGAAGAAAAUUGAUGAGCAAAGCGGAAGGAAUGGGUGUCAGGCCCUGCCGGCCAGAGGUGGUAACGAAGAGAGUCGUUUGGAGCUUGGAGGUCAAGAGUAUGGGACAUUACAGAGGGAACCCCCCCAUGAGAAUUCCUGUUUCAGGGGGAACCCAGAGGUAGAUUCCUAA